UCUCAUCAACCUGGACAGUUAUAACUUAUGGCAUAUUUGGUGGCAUUGUGGAAAUUACUGUAUCAUUCCAAAUAUUUCGUGAAGUAUGUGAUUUACGCUCUCUUGUUCCUGUUGAUGUGCAUAAUUUUACAUUUAUGGUCAACUCGGUACACCAGUAACAACUACGCACCGGAUUACAGGAUAUUUCCAUACAAUGAAUCUAAUAUUGGACCACGAGUUAUACUUGUUUGGCAGCAUUAUUACAUGAUGGUAAAUAAGGGAAAACAGAUAUUCCCAAGUUUACAAUGUAAAGUAAACAAUUGUAUAUUUACCGAAGACAGGUAUCUAUUGGGAGACUAUUUGAACUUCGACGCUCUAAUUUUCACAGAUUCUGCCUUAAAACAAUCAGGGCAUCUACAAAACAGACCAGAAAGACGUUCACCCUCACAAAUAUAUAUUUUUACCUCAAUAGAAUCAGCGUACAACAUACCAGCUUGUGAAAUAUACAACGACAACUUCUUCAACUGGACGUUCACGUACAGACUUGAUUCAGAUAUCCCAUGGCCUUACUUUUUUGUACGAAACGUCACACGUGAUAUUGUAGCGCCAAGUUUACACGUCAAUUGGACAAUAAGCAAAGCCCCUAUCGCAAAGAGCAUAAAGAACAUUUUACAGCACAAGAAAAAAGCAGCUGCUUGGCUGGUCAGCCACUGCGAGGCGGAUAGUCUAAGAGACGAUUACAUUUCAAAGCUGCAGGGACAUCUCUUCCACUUCUCUCUGAAGAUUGAUGUUUACGGAGGCUGCACUGAUAGGGCUUGUGAUGAUGAGAACUGUGAGGAAAUGUUCUCUAGAGAUUACUUCUUCUAUUUGGCUUUCGAAAACUCUUUCUCAGUAGAUUACGUAUCGGAAAAGAUUCUUCACGGGUAUAAUAACUAUGUUGUUCCUAUUGUUUAUGGCGGUGCUGAUUAUACCAGAUUUUUACCUCCGGGAUCCUACCUUAACGCGCGUGAGCUCCACCCCUACAACUUAGCUUACUUGAUACAUGAGGCUAUGAAAAACCCCGCGAAAUACGAAGCUUACUUCAGAUGGACCAACAGCUACACACUCGACGCUGACGUCAUCGGGCACCAUCCUUUAUGUCACCUCUGCGAAGCUCUAAACAGUAAGAAGGCCAAACGAAGAAGGUCCUACAAAAAGUUCCGGAUCUGGUGGAACGGCCUCAAUGGUAUGAAGUGGUGUCUCCCAGAUGAUUAUUGGAAUGAGACCUCCGUAGUAAACGUUGAUGGCAGACAUGUUUUUGAAAUGUAUUGACUUUUGUAGAACUUUUAUCUUUUUUUUGUUUUU